GAAACUAUGUGGAAAUGGGGUAGUGGAGAUGAUUCUCCUUCCAAAACAGUAGCUGCAGGCUCGCAAGAUGCAAGGAGCAUGUCGGUGACGGAUUUGACUGAGCAGCUGACAAGCACUGAACAGCUGGUGACGCAGCUAAAGGAGCUUGUCAGGGAGAAGGAUGCUGAGCUGCGGAAUAAAGAUCUUCAGUUAAAGGAGGAGAAGGAAUCUGCUGAUGCGAAAUUCUCCAAGUUGAAGCUGCAAAACAAAGCCAAGGUUGCAUCAUUAACGUCGCAAUUGGAAGAACUUAAGAAACAGUUAUCAGAAUCAGGAGGCUUAGAAGCAAAAGCAGAACCAAAAAAGGCGUCGAAAGACGGUGACCAGGAAAAUGCUGCGGCAAAUCGUGGGAAAAUAUUAGUACUGAGAAGGAGAAUAGAAGAACUAGAAUCCCAGAUCACCCAAAAAAAUGAAGAGUUACAAAAAAAGAGUGUUGAACUGGAGGCCCAGCAGUGUCGUGGGGCAGAAAUGGAUGCCAUGCUGGCAGAGAAAGAAAAGAAGUUAGCUGAAAGAGAUGCUUACAUCAUUGAUUUACAGAUAGCGUGCGGAUCAAGUGGUGUUGCCAAUGAAAUACUCUUGCCCAAUGAAGAGUUGAAGAAUCAGCUGGCUGUUAAAGAGUCGUCGCUGCAAAGCAUGCAGAUUCUAGUUCAGAGCCUUACCAAAAAGGUUGGUGACAGUGAAGAAAAAUGUAGCUUGUUCCAGGAACAGAUUGAGAGUCUUAAAAAUACUCAGAGCAAAGAAAGAGAGCGUUUCCAAGGGAAAGAAGCUACGUAUAUGGAAAAUAUACGUGUGUUUCAAAAUAUUAUCCAGGAAAAAGAAAAGGAACUGGAAGCACAGAGAGAAAAGCAUGAGCAGGAGCUCUUUAAAUUAGCUGCUAAAUCUGAUGCAAGUGCUGACCUGGAACAGCUACUAAAGGCCUUGAAGCAGAAGCUCCAUGAAAAGGAAGAAGUCAUGCUGGGAAGGACACAGGUGAUCGAUGUGUUGCAAAAAGAACUGGAUGCCAAGGACCAACAGCUGCAAGAGAUUAACGAAAACCUGAAACGCCUUCUGUCUGAAAAAGAAAACCUCCAGUCUAAACUGGAUGCUGAGAAACAUGUAAUGAGAGCCCAGUUAAAAGACAUGAUGGAGAAACAUGAGCUUGAAAUGACAAAAGUUAAGGAGAAAUAUAAUGCUGAACUGCAUGAAAUCCAAGAGAAACAUGAAACUGAGCUGCAAGAGAAAGAUCAGGCCCUGUUUCAGCUUAAGAAACAAGUGGCAGAAUUAAGUGGGAGCGGACAGACUAACUCAAAAGACGUGAGAGAUCUGGAGUCUAUAACCAAAGAGAAGAUGGAAGAUUUAGAAGUGAAAUUGAAAACAGAAGAGUUUUCAUCGAAGAACAGUGAUGUAUCUGCCUUAAACAAUCGUGUCUCAGAAUUAGAAACUGAAAAUGAAGAACUACAGUCAAAACUACAAUCAUUAAAUGAAAUCAGAACUCAAAAUGAAGAAUUGCUGACUAAGCUCGAAGUCUAUGAGGAGCAGCAAAGGAAGUUGCAAGCUGAUCUGGACCAAGUUACAAAGAGGGCAGCUUCACAGGCCAGCGAAUCGGGUAGCGUGGAUGAAUUGCAGAGUCAGCUCUUGGAAUGGCAAGAAAAUGUACCAGAGUCGGAGGAGUCCCGCGAUCAAGUCAGGGAAGAGAAAUCUGCUAUGGCCUUCAGAAUGGCUCAGAUUGAGGAGGAAAGAGAAGCCAUAGUCUCAGGGCAACAGGAGCUGGAGGAGGAACUGGCCACAGUUCAAGGAAUGGGCAGGCUGCAGCAGGCAAGAAGGAAAAACAAUCAGACCAGCAGGAAGCUUCAGGAAGAAUACAGCUUUGAUAGAAAACAAUGCUUUCAAGAGUUGAGCAUCACCUUGGAUAGCACUGAUUCAGCUGAAGGAGAAAAUAUGGGAGGUUUGCGGAGUGUUGUUGAAGAGUUGGAAUUGGAAAGAAAUCAACUGCAGGAACAAAUUCUUUUUCUAGAAGAGCGUUGUCAGGAUUUGGAAGAUAGAUUGCAGCUUCAAGGUAGAAUGGAGGCUCUUCAGAAUGAAAAUGAACGUUUGCAAACUCAACUCACCCAGUUACGCAACCAGCAAAUGCGAGAUGCGGAAAAGCAUCAAAUUCUGAUCUCUGGCUUGAAUGAGCAGCUUAAAGGAUUAAGUGACAGAAAUAGUUUCCUUGAAAAUUCACUUGGAGAAAAAGAACAAAAACUGUUGAGCACAACAGAAAAACUGGAACAAAUUGAAACUUUGAGGAAACUGCUUCAAGAAAAGGAUGUUCUGAACAAAGAGCUUGGUGAAAAAUUUGUGCAUAUGGAGCAAAAACUGAAUGAAGCCUUAAAGAAAUGCAGUGUGUAUGAAGUGGAGAAUACUGAGCAGAAAACAGUCAUCAAUGAUCUAACAGAAAAAGUUGCUACACUGAAGGAAAAGACUUUGAAACAAGAUGGCGUGGUAGAGUCAAUGCAGCUGGAUCUGGACCAGACAAAUGAAGAGCUUGACAAAUUGAAUACAAGCCAUUUAGAGGAAAGAUCUCAACUUAUUCAAGAUCUCCAGAAACGUGAAAGAGAAAUUGAUACUCUUAAAGAAGCACUGUCCGAAAAAGACAGGGAGAUGUCUGCCCUGUCUUUGAAUAUGACAGAAUAUUCUGAACAGGUUAUCAUCCUGAAGUGUCAAGUGCAAUGCAAAGAGGAAGAAAUACGAGGGAUGGAAGAGGCUUUAUCAAAGGCUGAAAGGGAAACUCAUUUACUGAAAGAAGUACAAACAGCUGAUGUAAGAGAUGCAAGCGUGAAGAUAUCUGUCCUUUCUGAGCAGAGCAAUACCAUGAGACUAGAGCUAGAAAGAGUUCGAGUUGAGAAUGAAGCUAAAACCAAAGAAAAUGAGGAAUUAAUAAGACAAAGCAGUGAGAACAGCAUUACAAUUAAGGAUCUCCGUUCUGAAAUCAAGGCCAACAGUGUUGCAUACCAUAACAAGCUUGCGGAGUGUGAGUCACAAAUUACUUUGCUGAAAGAACAAAUUAGUAAGUCGUCUGAAAAGCUACAAGAAACCGAGGAUAAGCAAAGGAAAGAAACGGAAUAUUUGAAAUCUCAGCUUGAGGAAAACAAUACUCAAAAGGAAAAAUGGAACAAUUUGCUUAAAGAGAAAGAGAGUAAAGCACAGACACUUGAAAAUGAGUUAAAAUCGGUUAAAGAUUUGUACAACAAACUGGUAUUGGAAGAUGCCAAAAAAGAUGAAGAGUUGGCCGAGUUGUCUAGGAAGCUUAUGGAACAUACUGAGCAUCAGGAAACAAUUAAAAAAGAAUUACAAGCGAAACAAGAGUUCAUUAUUUCAUUAGAGCAGAAGCUUGGGGUUUUGGAGCAGCAAAAUGAAGAGACUAAACUUAAAUUAACUGGAGAUCUCAAAGCCAAAGAGAUGUGUUGCAAAGAACUUAAUAACCAACUAAAUGAAAUACAUAAACAAAUUAACAAAAUGGAAAUAGAGACAUGGGAGAAAGCUUCAGCUAAUAAGCAAUUGCAGGCAGAUCUUGAAGGGAAAGAAGAAAAAUUGCUGAAGGAUACUAGAGACAAAGAAAUAAAGAAAGAAGAAAUGUUAAAUAAUAAGUUAUCUGAAUGCAGUAGCCUAAUUCAAGAGCUCAGCCGUAGUAAGGAAGAGAAUUUGCUACUGCAGGAACAAAUUCAAAGCAUAACUUUGGAUUUUGAAACUGCAAAGAGGUCUCUAGAAGAGAAAAUCCUUCAAAAGGAUUCGUUACAUAAGGAAAUGGAAGAGAGUAGGCUUUGUAUUGUAGAGUUGCAGGAUGACAUUAAAAAUCUUAAAGAUGAAAAAACAAGGUUAUCUCAGUUGGUAGAGGAAAGAAACCUGAUUGUAAAAAGUCAGGGUUCAGAACUUGAGACGUUUACUAGGCAAGUUUCUGAAAAAAUGGAAGAAAAUACAGUGUUAAAUAAUCAGCUCCAGCUGUUAAGCAAAGAAGUGGAUGUGCUUCAGCAUGAGAAGGAGGACUUGUCAAGCUUACUGAGCGAGAAGUCACGUGAAUGUGAAGUUCUUCAGUCACAGCUGGUACAGCAACAGUCUGAAAUUACUUCAGCAAGGCAACAAGCACAUAGAGCAGCUCUAGAAAAUGAAAAAUUGAAAGUAGACAUUGAAACAGUUAAUGGUAUGGAGGCUUUGAUUCAGCAAAUGAAAGAUAGUAAAAUGGCAGGAGAAGGGCAAUAUAUGCAGAUCAUUUCAAAUCUGCAAAACCAAAUACAAGCCCUAGGUAUUGAAACCAGCCAGCUGAGGCACACAAUGCAGGAAAAAGAAAAUGAAUUAAAGAAGCAAGCCCAAGAAUUAAAGUUAUUAAAAGAUAAGUCUGAAGAGUCUGAUGUACUUAGGGUUCAACUGUCUGAGAAUAUGGAGGUUAUUUCUGACCUUCAGUAUCAGCUUAGAAAUGCGACAGAAAAAUCAUCCCAGUUGAAUGAUUCAAUUGUGCAGAAGGAUGAAUCUUUAAAACAAAAGUUAGAUGAAUGCAUCAGUUUAAAAGCACAGCUUUCUGAGGUACAGGAAUCUUCUCUUUUGCAGGAGAAACGGUUAGAGCUUUUAGCCUCUGAAGCAGAACAAUUAAAAGUACUUGUUUUGGAAAAAGAAUUAACCGUCAACAAUAUUACAUUAUUCAGUGAGAAUUUAAAGAUACAACUUCAAGAGAAAGAGAAUCAGUGUGACGUCUUAAAGAAACAGGUAGUAGAGCUGGAGGAAGUGAAGGUGAAUUUACAAAAAGAGGUACAACAUCAGAAGAAUGUAAUCGUUGAGAUGGACCAGUCCUUAUCAGAAAAGGAAUCAUCUCUUACAGAAAAUAAAAGUCUCCUUGAAACUCUGAAGGAGAAAGCAAGGAAAGAUGAAGAGAAGACAAAUCUAAUUUCUCAGCUCCAAAAUCAGGUACACGAACUAACACAAGAACUACAAAAAUCUAAAGAACUAGUCCAUGAGAAAGAAAGUGCCUUUUUAUCUCUUCAGGAGAAAAUUGAAGCACAGUAUGAAUUAAAAACUGAGUUGAAUGCAGCUCUUGAGAAAAAAGAAGUUGUUAUUGCUGAACUGCUUGAUUCUUUAAAGGAGAAGGAUACCAGUAUUCAGUUGGCAGAUAGCAACGUUAAAGUUCUUUCUAGUGAGAUGGAGGUUCUCAGAGAAAAAUUAGAGGAGAGUGAUACAGCCAUGAAAAACCUUACUAAAGAAUUUCAGGAAAAGAACGACACGCUUGAUAUUGAUCAAAAGAAAAUUGAUUCUUUGACUGUUAAACUUGACCGUCUUAAAAGUGAACACCAGAAGGCACUAGAGCAACUAAGUGCACGGGAGGAGCUACUACAGCAAAAAGAAUUGGCUGUGGAGUCUCUGCGUGUGAAGUGCACUGAACAGGCAGAUAACAUAGAACAUCUAAACUUAGAGUUGAACAGUGUAAAUUCCAAAUUUUCUCAAGACUGCCAUGACAACGCGCUUUUGAUAGGUAGUCUGCAGCGUCAGGUGGAGUCUUUAGAGAAAGAAAAAAAUCUGUUACAAGAAGAUGCUGAAAAACUGGUGGCUGAAAACACAGAACUUACUGCAUCUCAGAACAAUUUGCAAAAGAAAUUGGAAGAACUUCGAGAAACCAAUGAAAAACUAGAAACCAGUGAGAAUUAUUCAAGAAUGCAGAUAGAUGCUGUCAAACUGCAGAUGAAGACUGAAAAAGAGAAGUUACAGAUGCAGGCUAAAGAAGGAGCCAGCCUUGCAGCUGUUGAAAUAUCAAAACUGAAGACCAAGGUUGAUGAUUUGGAGAAGGCAUUGCAUCAGACAAAAGCCUUCCAAGCAGAAACUGAGAGAGAGAUUGCAUCAUACCAGAAUGAGCUUGCUGGAUUAAGAAUGGAAAAAAACCUCCUCCUCUCAGAGUCCCAGGCCCUGCGAAAUCAGUGUCAGAUGGCAGUUGCUGAGAAGGACCGACAGAUUGCAGAACUACAGAAGCUGCAACAAGACACGAUUGUUCAGAAAUCGGUCUCUGCUGGCAGCAAUUACCCUGUCAAGGUAAAUAAAUGA